CGCCAAUUGCAUGGCCCAGCAAUGGAGCGGGACCAAAAUUUCUCUGGGCUAUCGAACUUUUUUUUCCAGGAAAAGGCGAAGGGUCCUAUGUGUGCGAACAGAGCAGGAAUUCCAAGCCAGACUGCCGAACGAACAUCUAAGGCCGCAAACUUUCCCUUCCCUGCCUUUCCGCCCGGAAACAUACGAAGAGAUCGGAUUCGUUUACUCGCCAGGUUCAACACAAAAAUACAAUGGCCGGUCCGUCGACCCCGAUAAGUCGGGAGGAUGCGAAGAAGAGGAAAAGAGAACUGAACGAGAGGGACGGGCAAGCGAAACGCUUGCGCCAGAGGGGGAAACAGAGCCCCGGGAAACCCCUUAAAAACGGGCAGACAGACGCAGGCGACCUUCGCGACAAUGCUUUAAACGUACUGUCGCAGCUCCAGAAGAACCUUACGGACGACCAAAUCGAAAGCGAGCUUGUCAAGCUUGGAAACACCGAGGCCCAAGAAGCAGGAUGGCAGGUUUCUAUGCCGAUGGGAGGCCGUAUGGCUGAUAUUGACCCCAUAUUCGUGGAGAACGAGAAGUACCUGAUCCUCACUUACAACACAUCCUUGCAAAUCUACUCUGUGGCCGAGUCCCUCCUGAUCCGAAGAAUUGCCUUGCCAGUGGUCCAAAACACAUACUCCGAGAAGGCUUCAGCUCCCACGAUUGUGGCCACGCGGCAAUCCCAAGUCAAGCCUGAUUUUCUCUGGGUGGCGUGCUCCGAUGGCCGUGUCUGGCGCGUCAAUUGGAAGAAGGGAACCACGGUCUAUGAUGAGUUCCGGACGCAGUCACAAACGGCGCUUGACAUGUCCGUGGUGGCGAUCGAGGGAGCCAAAAAUAAGACCGAGGUCAUCUACGUCUCUGAGGGGAAAAAGCAAUCGAGAAGCGAAAUCGUGGCGUACUUUGGUCCCGACUUCACGAAGCCCACCUCCGAGAUCCUCUUCACGUCGAAGCAGGUUGAUCAAGGGAUCCAUCUACUCCGCUCGAGUGCUGACGGCAAGACCAUUAUCGGAGCUACGAGAGAGGGUCUGGUUGUGGGGACCGUGGCCCCCGAGGUCUCCAAGACUGACGUGGGCCUUGAGUGCGAGUUCUUCACCUUCGAUACGGCUGAUAUUGUCUGCUCCCUCGAUAUCCGAGUCACGAACGACAGGGACGGUUUGGUCCUUGACCUCAUUGCAGGCGGCGCCCGGGGUGCCAUAUAUUUCUACAACGACAUCCUCAGAAAACUGCAGAAUAUCAACGCGCCGAAGUCAAAGAAGGACAGUCUGCAGGGCCGCAAAUACCACUGGCACAGGAGGGCUGUGCAUAGCUUGAAGUGGUCGAGGGACGGCCACUACAUGAUUUCUGGUGGUUCAGAAAACGUUCUUGUGCUCUGGCAGAUGGACACCGGAAAGAUGGAUCAUCUCCCCCAUCUGUCGGGAAGCAUCGAGAACAUCGUUGUGUCGCCCACAGGUGCAUCGUAUGCCCUUCACUUAGAUGACAAUUCUGCCAUGGUUCUCUCUACCUCGGAGAUGAAGCCAUCAACGUACAUCUCCGGUAUCCAAUCGGCUGCGCGGUUUACAUCAACGCCCAAAGACUUGCUCGUCAAGCGUGUUUGGUCAGUGUCUGACGAAGUGCGGCAUCCUGUCCCUGCUGCUCUGAACCCUGCAAAGCCAUCGAGGCUUUACGUUUGCACUGGUACGGGUCAGCAGGCGAUGUUGGCAGGUGAACUCCAGUCGGCCCCCCUGCUGCAGUCGUUCGAUAUAGAGUCAUUCCGCAGCAUCUCGAAGCAGGCUCUAGCAAGAACUCAGCCAACAGAUGUCAAUAUCACAUCAAAGGGAAAUCCUAUCUCAGAACCCCGCAUCACCCACGUCGCGUUUUCCCAAGACGGCCACUGGCUGGCCACAGUCGACGACUGGCAACCGCCCAAGCGUGACCUCGAGAAGGUCGCUCCAGAAGCGCGUGAGCAGUUUGUGAGAGAAAGGCGCGAGAUUUAUCUCAAGUUCUGGUCUGCUACGGCCGGCGAGGAGAACUUUGCUCUAUCUUCCAGGAUUAACAGCCCACACGUCACCAGCCGGCCGGAGACUGUUCUUGCGCUUGCGGCAGAUCACGCAACAAACAGGUUUGCUACUCUCGGAGACGACGGCAUGGCGCGGAUAUGGCAGUCGAGGACAAGACAGCAGGAUGGACUCACCUCUAAGGACAGUACUGGUGAGGCCCUGCAUUCAUGGUCGUGCUCUUUGGCUGUAGGUCUCGGUAGCAAUGUGGGUGCCGAUGCGCUUGCCCUUGCGGGAGAGACGACGAGCGAGCGCAGCGGCAGUCUGUGUUUUUCUGAGGACGGCUCGACACUUUUCGUCGCAUUUGGCAGCUCGAACGAUGGCGCCGUCUAUGUCAUUGACACCAAGUCUGGCGAAAUCAGGUUAACCCUGGAGAACCUAUGGAAGGGGCACAUUCGCCGCUUGCAGGUCCUCUCUCCUUACAUUAUCACCCUUUCUGACGACCUGAGAGUGUACGAUGUAGUGGCUGACGAGCUGCAAUACGGCAUUCAGCUGCCAAGCGGUCGCAACGCCGCAGCAGUGAAGGAGUUUAGCCAUUUGGCAAUCGACCGCAAGUCGAGAACUUUUGCCGUCGUUGUGCCCGGCGGUCAAGCAUCCCAGCUUGCCGUGUUCAAGCCUGAGGAGCCUGAGUUGCUCUGCGUGAGGCGCAUUCCCCACCGCAUCACCAGUCUCGUUUCCACUGGAAGCUCGUCCGGAUUCGUGGCUGUCGAUGAUGCCGCGCAGCUCUGGACCAUCGCCGAGGCUACGGACCCCGCAUCCGUGGUGCUAUCGAGGCCAUUGGAGGACAUGCAGCUAGAUGGCGAGCCUGUCUCGUCGGACGCGAUUCUUGACGAGACUAUCGAGGACGAGGAUAUGGCCAGCGACAAUGAGCAAGAAGAGCACGUUGCCAACGGGGACGAGAUGGAUCUGGACGAUGACGAUGCCCAGCCGGCCGUCAUCAAUAGGCAGAAGCUGGCAGAGUUGUUUGACGCAGCACCGGCGUUCGCCAUGCCCUCUGUCGAGGACAUGUUCUACAAGGUUACGGGGUUGUUGGCGACAAAGCCUUUGGGGUCAUGAAACGGCUACAACACACAAAAGUUGUCAAUCUAUGUGCAUUAUACCCGAUAAUAGAAGAAGAAUGUAAAAGCAUUUUGAAUUGCAUCACGUUUUGUAGGACUGAUGGGGAUCCUGAUCCGGCGUGCGUCAGAAAGGGGGGUUCCCCGCGGCGCCGAAGUGCGGGGCAGACUGAUCGCCGAGCCCCG